AUGGCCUGCUGCGCCACCCCCUCCUGCUUCAUCCCCGAGGUGACGAGCAGCCUCUGCUUCGCGGUGCCUUCGCCAUGCCCCGGCGGCAGCGGCAGCGCCAGCGGCGACGCAACGUGGCGAGAGACGCCCGAUAGCGGUGCCUCGCUGUCCAAGGCCGCCACCGACUGCCUCCGCACCCUGCGCAUCCACGAUGGCGAGGGCCUCGACACCGUUUCGGCCACAAACUCUUCCAACGACCAGCAAGGCCACGCCUCGACCUCGGCCGCCGUCGUCGAGACGUCCCACCAGCCCGCACCCCUGUCGCGGCGCGGCGAUUCGCACGCCUCGAAGCACACGCCCUUCUGGGACACGUUUGACGCCAUGCUCUCGAACCCCUACUGCCCCGAAACCAACCCGGGCGGCUUCAUCAACAUGGGCAUCGCCAACAACAGCCUCAUGUCGGCCGAGCUACUCACCUACCUGCGCAACCACCUCGACCUCGAGCCCAUCGACCUCACCUACGGCAGCUCGCUCUACGGCAGCACGCGCCUCUUCCGCGCCCUCUGCCACCACCUCAACAGCGCCGAGUUCAACCCGGUCCACGCCGUCGAGCCGCGCCACAUCCUCACGGGCCCGGGCGCCGGACCCAUGCUGGACCAGAUCGCCGAGCACAUCGCCGAUCCCGGCGAAGGUUUCCUAUCGCCCGAGCACAUCGCCGAUCCCGGCGAAGGUUUCCUGUGCGCCGCCCCCUACUACAACGGCUUCGACGCCGACUUUGCCACGCGCUCCCAGGUGCGCUGCGUGCCCGUCUUCAGCCCGGACGGCGACGGCACCGAGCCUUCGUCGUUCGCGGGGCCCUCGGCGCUGCGCGGCUUCGCAUCCGCCUACUCGUCGUCGCAGGCCAGCGGCGUGCCCAUCCGCGCCGUCGUCGUGUGCAACCCGCACAACCCCGUCGGCCGGUGCUACGACCGCGCCGCCCUCGUCCACUACGGCCGCUUCGCCGCCGAGCGCGGCCUGCACCUCAUCUUUGACGAAAUCUACGCCCUCUCCGUCUUCCCCACCGACGACGACGCCGAGCCGCAGCGCUUCAUCAGCGCCCUCGCCAUCGACUGGCAGAACGAGGCCGGACUUCACCCGGGCAGCGUCCACAUCAUCACGAGCGCCUCCAAGGACUGGGGCAUGAACGGACUCCGUAUCGGUAUGCUCGUCAGCCAGCACAACCCCCGGCUCAUCUCGGCCAUGAAGAGCACGGGCAAGCUGUACAUGGUCUCGUCGGCGGCCGAUGCCCUCUUUUCGCACCUCCUCCUCGACGAGAGCUUCUACAAGCCCUUUAUCGCCCUCAACCGGGCGCGCCUGUCGUGGGCCUACGCCCUGGCGCGUGCCUGGUGCCGGCACCACGCCAUCGGCUACGUGGCCUCCAACGCGGGCCACUUUGUCCUCAUUGACCUCUCGCCGCACCUCGCCGUCGCCGCCGCGGGCGGACGCACCGAGCACGAGGCCGAGGCGCUCCUGUGGCGCCGCAUCCUCGAGCGCCAAGUCUGCCUCACCCCGGCCUCGAACUACCACCACCCUACGCCGGGCGUGUUCAGGAUGACGUUUAGCUUGAAGCGCGACGAGAUGCUCGAGGGUCUCGCUAGGUUGGAAGACGCCCUCGGCCUCGAGCACUGGACCCCGCCCCCGCCGCCCUCGUCGCCGUUUGUCCAGCAGCACAAGUAG